AUGUCAUAUAAAUGCCCUUUUUGUCAAAGGUACUUCAGCACAAGAUCUGCAUACAAUCAACAUAAGAAUUUUUGUACUCCGCCUAAUAACGAUAGUAGCGAUAGUGAAGAAUUAGAAGAAUUUGAACAUAAAACUAAUAAUCAUGAUAUAGAGAUGGUCCGUGAAGAUUUAUGUGAAGAUCUUUCUGAUAAUAAAAGUACAGACUCGGAAAUAAAUAAUCAGAGUUUUCAAAGUAUGAUGUCAAUUUCAGAGGUUGGUGAAAUUGAUCAAAAUAUAGAAGAAAUAAACCACGAUGAAAAUGAAAAUAUCUUUGAAAAUAUCUUGGAAGAUUCUGAUUCAGAAUUGAAUGAAGAAGAAUCCAAACCAGAAAUUAAUGUUAAUUACCCAAGUGAAGCAUAUGGUGAUUUAAUGGAAUUAGUUACGAAACAUAAACUUAACAAUGCGACAGGAAAUGCUAUAAUUAAAUUCUUUAAUAAACAUGCAAAUUUAGAUAAAUCACCUCUUCCAAGAUCUAUCGAACAAGGCCGCAAAUAUAUGGAUAAUAUGAAACUACCAAAUUUAAAUUAUAAUAAAACUAGUAUAAUGAAUUAUAAUAAUAAUGAGUAUUUUCUUUAUCAUCAGUCUUUAAUAAACUGUAUAAAAAAUAUUUUGUCAAUUUCGGACAUAUCACAAAAUUUUGCAUUAACUUUUGAGAAAGUUGAGCAUAACGGUGAAAUAGAGUUUAGCGAACAAAAUACUGGGAUAUGGUGUGAAAAUGCGGAAAAAUCCCUGCCACCUGGUGCCAGGCUUUUAUCUUUAAUAUUAUAUUCUGAUGCUACAAAUGUUGACACACUAGGAAAAAGUCAACUCCAUCCCAUUUACUUGUCUAUUGGUAAUAUUAAAAAUUGGAGGCGUAAUAAGAAAGAUGCAAAGCAAUUAUUAGCGUAUCUGCCGAUCUUAAAAUCUAAUAAUAUUACUGAAAGGAAGUCUGAAACAUUUAAGAUUGCUGUUCGCGAAUGCUUCCAUAAAUCUUUGGAAUUGUUACUAGACCCUUUAUUAAAAUUAAAUAAAAAUGGCAUUGAUCUAUUUUUAAAUAACGAAAUGAUUUGGUUUUAUCCUAGAGUUUCAGCUAUAAUAUCUGACUGGCCGGAAGCUGCAACGUACUGUAUUACAUACAAAUCACCAAUGUCGAAACAUCCUUGUCAUUUUUGUCUAGUCACAAGAGACAAUCUUGCUGAUCUUAAUUUACAAAUUGAUGAUAUAACACCACGAACUCAUGUUAAUAUGCAGCAGUAUUUUAAUCAAAACUUGAAAAUUCCAUUUGCAUUGAAAAUAUAUCUAAUUUUUUUUGGAAUCUGCCGUAAGUUUACAUAA